UUUUUAGUGUUAAAAUAGACUAAAAAAUAUUAAUUUAAAAAUUUAAUUUCAUAAACAAAUUGUUACAAAAAACUUCUUUAUUUCAAACCGGCGACGAAGUUUUUGAAUGUCAAAUAAGAAAUAACAAUUUAGAGUUGUCAAAUGUCAAUCCUAUCGCUUUAUAUUAUUCUAAAUUCUAUUCAGUUUUUGCAGAAUUCCGAGCCGUGUAUAAGUGUCUACUAACAUAAUGGAGGACGGUAUAAACAAACCAUACAAAAUAUGUGAUGUGAAUCGCGAAAAGAAGAAAGGAAUUGUGGCUUCUACAUUAGAAGACUUGUUGACUAAAGUCCCAGAGAAGCUUGGUUUGCCCGCUGAAAACUUAACUGUAGUUUUGGAAUGCGAUGGUACCGAAGUAGAUGAUGAGGAAUACUUCUUCACUUUAGAUCCCGAUACUUCUCUCAUGAUUUUACAUGGAACUGAAAAGUGGGCACCUAAUAUGCCAAAAUGUCAAGUAUCAUUAGAUCAAACUGAUGAAGUUAGCCUUGGAGAUAAGACCCAAGUUGCAAAUCUGGUGGGACGACUUCAACACAAUUUAUGUCACAUUUCCUUGUUAGGUGGUCAAGACUUAGAAUUAUUGUCAGAUAUGGAUCCAGAUAGUCUAGCCGAUAUUGUGACAGACAAGGACAACAGAAUAAUUCUAGAACACAUUAAGGAAGCCUCAGGAAGGAUAUUGCUUGAGAAAAGACAAGCUCAAGAUGCAAUGGAGUUACUGAAGUUAUACCAUCAGAGUGUAUCAAAUGGUACUGAGGAUGUAUCACCACCAAGCCAAGAGCGUGUGUAACUGUAAUAUCUACUAAAUAACCCUAGUAUAACCCUUAUUAAAUUUCUUUAAUGGGAUGGUGUAUCUCAAAAGUUUACAAAGACUUGCUUAUACAUUAAAAUAUAUUAUAAAAUGAUGCUCCACCUAUAGCUGUAAAACACCAAAACUAAGGAGGCCUUGUUUAAACGCUAAUAGUUAUAUAGAAUGAUUUAAAAUCCUUAGUUAGAUACAUUAUACAAAUUAUUUAAAUGACAGGAUUUGCAUUAUUUAGCAUAGGUGUAAGUGCAGUAGUAAAUAUAAUAUAAGAAGCUAAUCUUAUGAAACUGAGCUGUAAUUGAGUGUAUGGUCAUUCUAAAUGUAAAUUAUAGGUAGGUAUAUAAUUCCAUUUUACACCUUUGUAUUGUAGUUGGUGUUCCAUGUCAUUAUAAUCGGUGUAACACAUAUAAAUAUUUUAAAAGAAAUUUGUAACAUAACCUCUGUUUUUAAAUUAGUAAUAUAUCCAAUUUCAAAUUUAUUUGUCUGUAACAUUGUAUAUGUAUGUACUUAAAUAUUACAUAUUAUGUAUUUGUAAUUUUAACAGUUUGUUUGAGUUUUACCGCUGCAUAUAUUGAAAUUAUUUUAAAUUCUAGAUAUUAAAGUUAUUAUUUAAUACCUGACAUUAGAUAUGCUAGGCAGUAGUAAGUUUCUAUUUCUUGUUUUUUUUUGUAAACUUUUGAGAGAAAAUGGGAUAAGGUUGAUAAUCAACAUCAAUUUAAAAGACUGAUAGUUGAUAAAUUUGAUUUUUUAUAUAGUUUUACCCCUAGAAUUAAGAUUUAUUCAUUUAAUUCCAAAUUUGCUCAACAAUUUACAACAUUAACAUAAGUUAUACCCAUACUUGAUUCCACUGCCGUAAAAAUGUACUUUUGCUUAGAUCUUAAGAUUACAUUGAUCAAGGAAUUGUAAGUUGGUAUUGUUAGUAUUUAAAACAUUUGAUGUCUUUAGUAUGUUGCUUGCAACUCUAAAUAAUUCAGUCCCUGUCUUAUUACCAUAGGUGUUAACUCUCCCGAUAAACUUAAACUCUUUAUGUAAAUUUAUUGAUUUUAUUUAUAUGGUGUUGUUUGUAAAUAAAAUAGAGUAACUAACAGCCAAGUAGACACAACAUAGGUCAAAUCAUCAAUAUUAUGUAAAACCAUUGGAAACACUAAGAUUGCUUCUAAGACACAAAAAUUUGUCUAACAAUUAAAAUCUAUACAUUGUAUUUAAAUAAAAAGUCCAUUUCCAUUUAUAUAAAAUCACUCUCUGUAGUUAAAAUUAUUACUAAUUUAUAAAACAAAUUAUAUAUACUUUUCAUUCAUACAAUACCAAUUAUUAGUAAUAAAAGUGACUACUAUUUUUUAAAUUAGUUGUCAAUAAAUAAUUUUUACAAUAACAAUAUAUCCAAUGUAGAUGAAUCCCCCUGUAAACCAGUUAUUUUAAAUCUUAGUAUUAUCAACAUAAAUUAGAAUGCAAACUGCUCAAUCUUCAAUUGUUUGUGUAUGUCUGUAAAAUUGUAGAAUGUAUUAUUAUGUAGAUCACAAAAAUAAAGAACUUAGUCUAUAAA